CCAACUCACUCUGGUUAUCAGAUGCCUGGCUACAACCCCGCGCUGCACACGACAAUAUGCCACCUCCUGUCGGCAGAUACGGGCCUUCUGGCCUGAGCGGUCCCUAUACACAUUUACAACAAGCGCAUCUCCAACAACAGCAGCAGCAACAGCAGCAAGCUCAACAUCAUCCGGCCCACCCCCAGUCGGCCAACACGGCGCUCCCUCCUCCCUCGCUUGGCGGCCACCCUGGUUUUGCGGCCGGCAACCCCAACACUAAUAUCAAUCCUUUUACAUUAUCAGGGACAGGGAUUGCGAACGGCUUGUCUGUCGCCGGGUUUACGGGGGCUGGUGAUGGAGGGGGCUCUGGCUUGGCGAGCCAUGCAGCCCAGAUCGGCUUCGCGAGAGGGGCACAGAUGCAGCAACAGCAAUUACUUCAGACUCACGAUGGCCGGUUAGCUCUCGAGACGAAAGCAGGCGCCGUGAAGACUCGGAUACGGGAUGUAUGGAAACACAAUCUGGCCCAGGAGAUGGCCGUGUUACGGCAGCUGGUCGAGAAGUACCCUUAUAUUAGCAUGGAUACGGAGUUCCCUGGCAUUGUCGCUCGUCCCAUCGGAUCAUUUACGAAUAAAGCCGAUUAUCACUACCAGACCCUUCGAUGCAACGUUGACCUCUUGAAAAUGAUCCAACUCGGCAUCACCUUGUUCUCGGCCGACGGGGAAGUCCCUCCGCCCAAUGCUACGGAUGCAAAUGGACAGCCAUUGGGAAACAGCCUGGUACCCGCCCCUUGCACAUGGCAGUUCAACUUCCGCUUUUCACUAGAGAACGACAUGUAUGCGCAGGAAUCAACAGCCAUGCUCGCCAAGGCGGGUAUUGACUUUAAUAUGCACGAAAAGAACGGUAUCGAUCCUUUUGAGUUUGGAGCCCUUCUGAUCAGUUCCGGACUCGUCCUACUCGACGAUGUACAUUGGGUUUCGUUCCAUUCCGGCUACGAUUUUGGCUACCUGAUGAAGAUCAUGUUGUGUAAACCUCUGCCAGAAAACGAGGAGGAUUUCCACACCCUUCUGAAGAUUUUCUUCCCGUCGCUAUAUGACAUCAAAUACCUGAUGAAACACGCGGGACGCAAUCAGGCUGUCAACGAUUCGCCGCUGACUCCAGCCGCCGCGCAGAUCUUGACGAGCCUGGGCCAAAAGUCCGGUCUUCAGGAUAUUGCAGACGAGCUCGGUGUGAAACGGGUCGGCAUUGCGCAUCAGGCAGGGUCUGACUCACUCGUCACGGGCGAGAUCUACUGGAAGAUGCGUCAGCUGAUCUUCAAUGGCAAAAUCGAUGAGGCUAAGUACUCGGGGCAGAUCUGGGGUCUCAACGGCCAGAUGCCAGCACUGACAUAUCACAUGCAACCUCAUCAAACACCGAAUCUCAACGGAGCCACUAUCUACUCGGCAGCCGGGACACCGAGCACACCCAAUACCGGUCGUCAAACUCCUCAACAUCACGGUGGCAAUCUAGGUGGUGCACUAACCCCUGGUGGUCCAGGCGGAGUCAUGGGGCGUUUCAAACAGGGAAGGCAUGAGCGUUGUUUCAUCGGGUCCAUACUUUGCUUCUCUUGUUGUAAGGUGUUAGAUCAGGGGUACGGUUCGGAGGGAGUUUAUGACAUGCUUUUGCAUUUGGCUUCUCCUUGGGCCUCGUUUGUCCUGUAUAGGCUUCUUCCUGUUGUCUCGUGUCGUUCGGACUAUGCUUUGGGUGCGUUGACCGGCGUCCACCUUUCCUCUUCCCCUUUCCUCAUGGUUCAUCGCAGUAUGUGAUGGCUUUUGCUCUACUGGUGGGACAUGGAUUUGAUACGAUAUGAUGGAUGUACAUAGCUUUGUGGCACAGCUUGUGCUAUCUCAUUGUUAUUUCUUUUUGCAUUUUCCUCCGCUAUUCGACUGUUUCGGUUCAUCAUGAGGGUCUAUGGCUUUCGUGCCUUUAGUCUGCAUUGGCUAUAUUCGCGGACGGUGUAUUCGGUGUUUUGGUGGCGCAAAUGAAUCCUUUUAGCUGCAGUGUCCUUGUCCCAUUUGUUCCGAAACGCUCUAGGUCCACGAUCAUGAUUCCGGGGACAGUUCGAGCUAAAAUUCCUGUCCUCAAUUGAGGCACAAUUGCGAGGUGGCACACGAAGUUCGGCGUGAGCUUGGCUCUACAGACUGUACCUUAUCCGAAGCAAGGCUCCAGGAUCUCCGGGAGGCAAUUGGUAUGCAAUUUCUCACCGUAUCC